CCGCCCCUUGCCGGGGUCUUCUGUGGAGCUGUGGACGCGCCGGCUUCGAGCAUCCCUAAGCUGGGAGACGGGGAGACUGCGGGGCUGUGGCGGCCGCGACGUGGCCUGCCAGCAACAUGGCAAGCUCCGGAGAGGAUGUGUCCAACGAUGAAGAUGCUGCCCCCAUAGCAACUGAGGCAGCAGGCGACACCCACCUGCUGGGCUUCUCAGAUGAAAUCCUCUUGCACAUCCUGAGCCAUGUGCCCAGCACAGACCUGGUUCUGAAUGUGCGGCGUACCUGCCGGAAGCUGGCAGCUCUGUGCCUAGACAAGAGCCUGGUACACACUGUGCUGCUGCAGAAAGAUUACCAGGCCAGUGAGGACAAGGUGAAGCAGCUGGUGAAGGAGAUCGGCCGGGAGAUCCAGCAUUUGAGCAUGGCUGGCUGCUAUUGGCUGUCAGGCUCCACUGUUGAACACGUGGCCCGAUGCCGCAGCCUGGUUAAGGUGAACCUGUCCGGCUGCCACCUUACCUCCCUGCGCCUCUCCAAGGUGCUCUCGGCCCUGCAGCACCUGCGCUCACUGGCCAUUGAUGUAAGCCCGGGCUUUGAUGCCAGCCAGCUGAGCAGUGAGUGCAAAGCCACGCUGAGCCGUGUACAGGAACUUAAGCAGACCCUGUUCACACCUUCCUAUGGCGUGGUGCCCUGCUGUGCCAGUCUGCAGAAACUGUUGCUGUAUUUCGAGAUCCUGGACCGCACACGGGAGGGCGCUGUCCUUUCGGGCCAGCUCAUGGUGGGCCAGAGCAAUGUGCCCCACUACCAGAACUUGCGUGUCUUCUAUGCGCGCCUGGCCCCUGGCUACAUCAACCAGGAAGUGGUGCGGCUCUACCUGGCUGUGCUCAGUGAUCGAACACCUGAGAACCUACACGCCUUCCUCAUCUCUGUCCCCGGCAGCUUUGCCGAGAGCGGGGCCACCAAGAACUUGCUAGAUUCCAUGGCCCGCAAUGUGGCCCUGGAUGCACUGCAACUGCCCAAGUCCUGGCUGAAUGGCUCCACCCUCCUGCAGCACAUGAAGUUCAACAAUCCCUUCUACCUCAGCUUCAGCCGCUGCUCGCUGUCCGGUGGUCACCUCAUCCAGAGGGUCAUCAAUGGAGGGAAGGAACUUCGCAGCCUGGCCAGCCUCAACCUCAGCGGCUGCGUGCACUGCCUAUCCCCGGACUCGCUGCUUCGAAAGGCUGAAGAUGAGAUUGACAGCAGCAUCCUUGAGACACUGGUGGCAUCCUGCUCCAACCUGUGCCAUCUCAACCUGUCAGCUGCUCACCACCACAGCUCUGAGGGCUUGGGCCGCCACCUCUGCCAGCUCCUGGCCCGCCUUUGCCACCUGCGCUCCCUCUCCCUGCCUGUCUGCUCUGUGGCAGACUCGGCACCGAGACCUGACCGAGCACCUGCCCCACCAGCUAUGCAUGCUGUGCCCCGUGGCUUUGGCAAGAAGGUGCGCAUUGGGGUGCAGACCUGUCCCAGCCCCUUCCUGGGCCAGCCGGUCCCCCAGCCCUCCUCUGUAUUCUGGUCUCUGCUGAAGAAGCUCCCCUUUCUAGAGCGCCUGGAGCUCAUCGGCUCCAACUUCUCCUCAGCCAUGCCCCGAAACGAGCCAGCCAUCCGCAACUCCCUCCCACCCUGCAGCCGGGCCCAGAACGUUGGAGACUCGGAGGUGGCAGCCAUUGGCCAGCUGGCCUUCCUGCGCCACCUGACACUGGCCCAGCUGCCUGGCGUGCUGACUGGUUCUGGGCUGCUGAGCAUCGGCCUGCAGUGCCAGCAGUUACAGUCCCUGUCACUGGCCAACCUGGGCAUGAUGGGUAAAGUGGUAUACAUGCCUGCCCUAGCCGACAUGCUGAGGCAUUGCAAGAGGCUGAAGGAUAUCAGGCUGGAGCAACCCUACUUCAGUGCCAACGCACAGUUCUUCCAGGCUCUGGGCCAGUGCUCAUCUCUGCAGCGCCUGUGUCUGGUCUCACGCAGCGGCACCCUGCAGCCUGAUGCUGUGCUAGCUUUCAUGGCCCGCUGCCUGCAUGUUGUCGUGUGUCACAUGUUCACUGGAGAGUCCCUCACCACCUGCAAGAGCCUGCAGCAGUCGCUCCUCCGUAGUUUCCAGGCUGAGAGGCCAGCAUUGAAUGUUGUCAUCUUCCCCCUGCUGCAUGAGGGCCUGACUGAUGUCAUCCGGGAUGUCCCCAUGGUGCACCUGGACGAGAUCACUUUGUUUAAAAGCAGAGUGGCGGAGGAACCACCGAAUCUGUGGUGGUGAGAAGCCUGCCACUCCCACCAACCACUCCCACCAGCCAAGUCUCCACAGGGGUCUGAGGAGCCAGCUACAGUGGAUCCUUGUUUUAUGAUAAGGAAGAGUUCACUGGCUCCCUAGGUUUCCUUUCACUCACUCUUGUAAGGGACUUAAGGCUCAGUGACAGGAAGUUAUCGGGUGGGCUGUGGAUGUGGGGUCAGCGAUCAGCCAGGCUGACCUUGGGACCUGGCUGUGCCCUAGGUGCUAUGUGGGCUGUAGCGCUGCCCCCCCACUCCCUGGGGACUGUCCUAUGUGUGUGGUCAUCUGCAAUCGGGCUCUGUGACUGUGUUCUGCAUGGGGCCUGGGUGCACUGGGCUCUUGCUGUGAGACUCCCCACUGACAUCAGAGUCUAUGGUUUGCUUUCUCAUGAAGUCAUGUUUUAGGACAUGAGCCCCUGGGUUUCAUCCCUAUCACCACAGGAGAAAAAAAGAAAUCUUUUAACUCCAUGAUGUCUCUGGGAUGUUUUCAACCCAAUGAUACCUGUGGCCAGAGGGUCCCCUGUGGCAGGGACUGCUGGGGUGGCACCAUCCCCAUGCUGGGUCCUAAGAGCUGAGCCUGUGUCCCACCAGAGAGCUCGUCCCCCUGUAGUCCACAGACUUUAGGUUUAAAAACUCCAGCUGUGAGGGCUGGAGAGUUGACUCAGCAGUUAAGAGCACUGACUACUCUUGCAGAGGACCCAGGUUCGAUUCCCAGCACCCACGUGGCGGCUAUGAACCGUCCUUAACUCCAGUUCCAGGGG